UUCAUUGACGGACAAAGGAAUGCUGGAUUGAACAUUCAUAAAAUGAGGGGACAGUGAUACGAUGGGGCUAGUAAUAUGUCAGGGCGUCACAGGGGUGUCCAGGCUAGGAUUAAGGAGGUAGUUCCCGAAGCCAUAUACAUUCACUGUAAAGCACACUCGUUGAAUCUGGCAAUUGUACAUGCAUGUAGGGAAGUUCUCGUGCGGAAUAUGUUUGAUACUGUCCAGCAAAUUGGCUUUUCUUUCAAUUAUUCAGCGAAGAGGCUUUUGGCAUUCCAAGAAACUCUGCAAAACGAUGCCGUAGCUAAAGAGGAGAUGGCAAAGCGCACCAAACUCCAAAACUUGUGCGAAACCAGAUGGGCCAGUAGAGCGGACGCGCUAUACACCUUCAAGUCAGCCUUCUCGACAAUCGUUGAUUCGUUGGAAGUACUUGAGCACGAGGGCGACUCAAAAGCCAGAAGCUACCGCUGUAGUAUCCUAAAAUUCGACUUCAUCAUCUCGCUAGUAGCCGUCGAGUUUGUUAUCCAAAGCAUUCUACCACUCAACAAAUUGUUGCAAGGCAAAGAGUGCGAUCUGGUGGAAGCCUCGAAGGAAGCCAGUGUGUUGAUUGCGCAGCUUAGGGCAGAGCGCAUGGAUGAUGAUGUUUGGGACGCCCUAUACCAAAAGGCAAUUGACCUCGCCAGUCCACAUGACGUUCGUCCGUCACGACCGCGAAUCGGCGGCAGACAAGAACACAGACCUAACCAACCUGCGGAGACAGUCUCUGAGUAUUGGAAACGGGCGUUAUACAUACCAUUUAUGGAUCAUCUGACCAUGGAAUUGCAAGAUCGCCUGCUGUCAGCAAAUUAUCGGUUCCUCGCACAAUAUCUCAUACCGAGCUUACUGGGACAGUUGACAGCAGGACACGUAGAUGAGAUCUACGAGGGGUAUAAGACUGACCUAAGCGGUGACAGGGAAUUGUUUCGUAGAGAGAUCUCACGAUGGAGAACAAAGUGGUCCGUAGCAGAUGAUCCCAAACCAGUCGACCUUCUCACCACAAUCUUGGCAACAAACCGCGAGUUAUACCCAGACAUUUUCACAUGCUUGGUCAUUCUGCUGACGAUGCCCGUAUCAACUGCUUCGGCAGAAAGAUCCUUUAGUGUGAUACGGCGCGUGAAAACGUACCUCAGGUCGACAAUGUCGACUACCCGCCUCUCUGGACUAGCCAUGUUGCAUUCGUACAGACAUAUGCAAUUGGAUAUCGAAGAUAUUCUCGAUAAGUUUGCUGGGAAAAAAGGCCGGACAAUGGAUUUUUUUUAAAGAUAACUCCUUGUCGCAGAAAUAGAUCAAACCAGUACAUAGACUGUACAGAAAAGUGAAAAUAAUGUUGUAAAGUCCAUUACAUCGACGCGAACUAUCAGACAGUUUCAUAUGUAAUUCAAAUAUACAGUCGGAAUUAUUUCGGAGCACAAUAAUUAAAAAAACACAAGUAAAUAAAUAAAGAGAUGAUGAAUCUUU